CGACUCCACUUGCUGUUGGCCUCGCCUACUUGCUGCAACUCCCAUCCCCACACGGCGCGGCCCCCCUCUUCUCGUCUCCCUCGGAUAUCUGAGAUCUCGCCUCGCCGCCGGCGAGCGACGGAGGGAGAGGCCGGCCGGCGAUGGGGAACUGCUGCUCCAACGAGAUGGGACACGCCGGCCCCCACCCCGUCGGCCCCUCCGCCGCCGCCUCGGCCGCAGCAUCGGCCGCGGCCGACCGCUUCCUCCGCUCCCGCGGCGCCGGCGCAUCCACGCAGCUCGAGUUAUCUGUCUCUGCAUCAAAUUUGGGCGAUCAAGAAUAUUUUCCCAAGAGCAAUCCCAUGGUGGUUGUAUAUUCUAAAAGGAAAGAUGGACCACUUGAAGAACUUGGGCGUAGUGAAGUAAUUUUAAAUUCUUUGAACCCAUCUUGGACUACAAAAAUCAGUGUGCACUACCAGUUUGAGGUUCUUCAGCCAUUGUUGUUUCAGGUUUAUGACAUUAACCCGCAGUUCCAUGAUGUCAGUGAAAAGAUGCUUAAGCUGGAGGAGCAAGAGUUUCUUGGAGAGACUACUUGCCUUCUGUCCGAGGUUAUCACCAAACAGAACAGACUGCUGACUCUGAAGCUUGGCGUCUCUGAACAUAACUUGCCAAAUCCUAGUAAAUUUGGUGAGCUAACUGUUCAGGCUGAAGAAAGUGCAGGUUCAAAAGCAAUAAUGGAGAUGGUAUUCCGCUGUUCAGAUCUUGAAAUCAAGGAUCUUCUCUCAAAGAGUGAUCCUUUCUUGCUAAUAUCUAGAAUAUCAGAUAGUGGAAUGCCUGUUCCAAUUUGCAAGACAGAAGUAAGAAAGAAUGAUCUCAAUCCUAGGUGGAAGCCAGUGAUUCUGACUCUCCAACAGAUUGGAAGUAAGGAGAACCCUCUAAUUAUAGAGUGCUUUAACUUCAGUAGCAAUGGCAAACAUGACCUAGUCGGCAAGAUAGUAAAAUCAGUCGCUGAAUUGGAAAACAUGUACCAUAGUCAGAAUGGUGAAAAUUUCUUUGUUCCUGCCAGCACUGCACAAGAAUGUCACAGUAAGGAGGUACUGAAGAGUCAGGUAUAUGUGGAGAAAUAUGUCGAGAGCAAGAGACAUACCUUUCUAGAUUAUAUAUCUGCUGGGUGUGAGUUGAAUUUUAUGGUAGCCAUAGAUUUCACAGCUUCAAAUGGAAAUCCGCGUCUUCCAGAUUCCUUGCAUUAUAUUGACCCCUCAGGUCGGCCAAAUGUAUAUCAGAAGGCUAUACUGGAAAUUGGAGAAGUUCUACAGUAUUAUGACCCAGCUAAGCGUUUCCCCUCUUGGGGCUUUGGAGCAAGACCUAUUGACGGUCCUUGUUCCCAUUGUUUCAACUUGAAUGGCAGCACUUAUCAACCUGAGGUUGACGGAAUACAGGGAAUUAUGUCAGCUUAUAUCAGUGCACUUCGUAAUGUAUCAUUGGCUGGUCCUACUCUCUUCGAACAGCUGAUUAGCACCGCUACGGCAAUAGCUAGCCAAUCUCUUGCUGGCAAUCAACAGAAAUACUUUAUUUUGUUAAUAGUCACUGAUGGUGUAGUGACUGAUUUUCAAGAGACUAUUGAUGCAAUCAUAAAGGCAUCCGAUUUUCCUUUAUCCAUCGUUGUUAUUGGAGUUGGUGGGGCUGAUUUCAAGGAAAUGGAGUUUCUAGAUCCAAAUAAAGGAGAGAGACUGGAAAGCUCAACUGGGAGGGUUGCAUCAAGGGAUAUGAUACAGUUUGCCCCGAUGAAGGAUGUACACGGUAAUGGGAUAUCGACACUUCAGUCACUUCUUGCUGAGAUACCAGGGCAAUUCAUGACAUACAUGAGAACAAGAGAAACAAGUGAUUAGUUAGUAUAUGAUGCCAUCUUUCAGUAGAUGAUAAGUAGUCCAAUCCUCUUUGUUUUUAAGAUUUUGGCCAUUCAGUCACAUAAUUGUGCAAAUUUUAAAGCAUGCGUGUGUUAAAAAGCUAGAUGGAUUGUAUGAUGUGUUAAAGGUGGAUGAGAGAAUGAUCUCCUGGAUAUAAUAGCCAACAUCAAAUUAGCGAGUUUAGGUGAGAAGUGCAAGGCCUGUAGAUUGAAGAACGUAGAAUGUUGUUUGUGAAGAGACAUUGUAUCCCAGGCCAUCUUAGUUUCUUGUCAAGAGACAUUGUAUCCCAGGCCAUCUUAGUUUCUUGUCAAGUUUUACCAAACUUCAUUCUGUUUGAGUUCUGGGAUUCCUUAGGCUAGCAGUUCGUAAUUGGAAAGAUGCAAGUGAUCAUCUUUCUUUUUACGUAUUUGUAAUAUAUGACUUAGUGUUGGAGCCUUGUGUUAUCCGUAGGUACAUGUGAACCGGAAGAAUCUUUUUUGUUAUGUGCAUUCAAUUUUUUCAA